AUAAAGGCCGAGGAUGACGGUCUAGGUGACAGUGGAAAAAGGUAGCGAGUUAAAGAGACAGCGAGAGAGAUGUUCCUUAAAUCGUUCUUGUUCCUGUACGCCAUUGCGAUCGAUCUCGCGAUCCAGAAACCGAUGUGCAUACCGGGUAAAAGUUUCUUCGACGGUUGCAACACGUGCACCUGUGCCGAUAAUGGACGUUCCAUCUGUACCAUGACUGCUUGCGAAGAUUACGACCCCCAAACUGACACGUUCGUACCAGUGAAGAUUUCAGAACCUCCGCCCGAUUUUUGGCAAAAUUCAUAAUG